AUGGCCACCGGGAACUCCUGCAAUACCUGGCGGUUCCACAAGGCUUCGCUCAGCCUUGGGACGAUUGAUGAUGAAGAGGCGCCUCAGUGUCUGGCAGCGGCUUUGUGGUGCAUCGAAAAGUUGCUGGCGGCAGCCAUCGGUGCAUCGAACAUCGGCCGAGCUGGUGGAGGAGCAUGGACUGCACUGUGCCAUGGCCCACAUGCCGUGGAUCUUCAGGCGUGGGCGUUCAUGUCUGGAUUGCCAGAGGCCUUCUUCUCCAACCGGUUGGAGCCGACUCCAAGCAAGGCUCAUGCCCAAAGAUGCGCUGUUGAAGAGGCCAGCGACAUUCCAUUGCCGCUCAUGGUGCGAAGGUCAUAG